AUGGAUCUCAAUAGCUUGAAGGAUCAAGUGAGCAACCUCACGCUCUACGACCUCAAGGCGGGAUUCCGCAAGGCCCAAAAUGCGGUGAUGAACUACACAGAGAUGGAGGCCAAGGUCCGCGAGGCAACAAACAAUGAGCCAUGGGGUGCAUCAUCGACCAUGCUACAGGAGAUUGCCAAUGGAACCUUCAACUACCAACUACUGAACGAGAUCAUGCCCAUGAUCUACAAGCGCUUCACGGAGAAGGCUUCGGAAGAAUGGAGACAGAUCUACAAGGCCCUGCAACUCCUCGAAUACCUGAUCAAGAACGGUUCAGAACGAGUCAUUGAUGAUGCGCGCUCUCACGUCUCGCUCCUCAAGAUGCUACGGCAAUUCCACUUCAUCGACCAGAACGGUAAAGACCAGGGCAUCAACGUACGCAACCGCGCCAAGGAGCUCGCCGAACUUCUUAGCGACGUCGACCGCAUCCGCACCGAGCGCAAGAAGGCGCGAGCGAACCGAAACAAGUUUGGUGGUGUCGAGGGCGGAGCCGGCAUCGGCAUGGGUGGCUUCUCAGGAAGCGGUAGCGGGGGUGGUAGCAGGUACGGAGGGUUUGGCAGUGAGCAGGCAGACUAUGGUGGCUACAGAGGAGAGGUCUACGGCGACGGCGGUGGCUUUGGAGGCAACCAAUCUGGCUUCGCAGACACACAACAGCGACGCGACAAGUUCGACGAGUACGACGAGUACGACGAGGGCGAAAGUGCUAGCCCAGCACCAGCACGGCGGAGAGAACCCACAACCACGCACGCGAGGAAAGAACCCAAGAAGGAGGAGCCUAAGCCGAAAGCACCAGAGCCCGUUGUCGACUUGCUCGCUUUUGACGACGAGCCUGCGCCCAUGUCGACUUCAGCAGGAAAGCAGCCCGUUGCUGCUCCAAGCGACGACUUCGGCGACGACGAUGAUUUCGACGACUUCCAGUCUGCAGCUCCAGUAGCACCUGCAUCCAAGCCAGCCGCUCCAGCCUACAAUAUCGUCUCUCCUGCGUCGACGUCUACUAUCACCUCGUCAACCCAAUUCGCCGCACCGACAGCCCAGUCCUCGGCCCAGAACAACAACUUCAGCAACUUGCUCGCAACAGUUUCACCACCACCUGCUGCAAACAAAAUGAGCGCACCCCCCUCCAUGACCUCUUCUUUCUCGCAACCACCACCCCAGCCCUCAGGCUACCAAGCCUCGGGUCCGAAUUACUUCACUUCCGUGCCCCAGCCUGCGCCUCAAUCAGCGUCAUCCACGCCUUCUGUAAUGUCGCCCGGCGGACGCAUCGGCGGUGGUAUCGGCGGCGGUGCACCCAAGAAAGCUGGUGGUGAUGCGUUUGCGAGCUUGCUUGGUGGUGUUGCGCCGAAGAAGGCGGGCACACCAACGCAGAAGGUCACUAUGGGUGACUUGGCCAAGCAGAAGACUAGUCAAGGGCUCUGGGGGGCGCCGGCUUCUACUCCCAGUACACCUGCUGCACAAGCACCUCAGCCGGGAUCUAAGCCUGGUGGUGCGCUGGGGGAUUUGCUUGGUUAG